AUGCUGUGUCAAUUGGCCUUGUUUGCUCUCGCUCUCGCGCCGUUCUCGGUCGCGCAAGUCGCCGAUGAUUUUGAGAAAGGAUGGGACCAGACGGCCUGGCCCACCUACGCUCCCGACUGCAACCAGGGCGGCAAGGUCACCCUAGACAGCUCCACUGCACACAGCGGCAAGAACUCGAUGAGGGUUGAUGGAGCCGGAGGCUACUGCGGACACGUCUUCUUUGGCACGACCAAAGUGCCCAGCGGUGACGUCUAUGUAAGGGCUUGGGUGAAGGCGUCGAGGGCCCUCACAGACUCUCACGUCUCUUUCAUCACUAUGCCCGACUCUGCGCAGGGAAGCAAGAAGCACCUCAGAAUCGGUGGCCAAAGCAGGAUUCUGAUGUACAACCGCGAGUCGGAUGAUGCAACUCUUCCCGACCUGUCUCCGCAAGGUAUUGCCUCUUCCAAGGCCCUUCCCACCGGAUCGUGGCAAUGCUUCGAGUACCAUCUGGGCCCAGACGGCACGGUCGAGACAUGGCUGAAUGGGGAUGCCAUUGCUGGCCUCACCAGCAAGGCGGGUACCGCCAACCCCAAUGCAGCCCAGUGGCAGAGGAGCAGCAUCAAGCCCAAGGUCACGGCCAUUUACUUUGGCUGGGAAUCCUACGGCGGGGACUCCAACACCUUUUGGUAUGACGACAUUGCCGUCAGCUCGACCCGCGUGGGAUGCACUUGA